AUGUCCGUCAAACCUGGCCACGACACCAUCGAGAUCGACUAUGAGGCUCUCCCGGACGAUGCUUCGCUCGCGGCUCACUUGACUGCUGGUGCUUUUGCUGGAAUAAUGGAGCACACCGUGAUGUUCCCCAUCGACUCCAUCAAGACAAGAAUGCAAAUGAUGCUGUCUUCCACUCCUAUUUCCAAAAGUUUAAUCUCCUCCAUCUCGAGAAUCUCGUCGGCAGAAGGCGCCUAUGCUCUUUGGCACGGAGUUUCGUCGGUGGUGUUAGGAGCAGGCCCAGCUCAUGCUGUCUACUUUUCAGUGUUCGAGGCCACAAAAACACUUCUCGUCAACCGCUUGACCAAUUCGCCACAAACCCUGAAAAUUGUCACCGACGAAACCCACCCAUUGAUAGCCAGCGGUGCUGGAAUUGCUGCUACAAUUGCAUCGGAUGCAUUGAUGACUCCAUUCGAUGUUCUUAAACAAAGAAUGCAGGCUGCUACCAACUCUGGGAAACUGUCUUCUGCCAAGCUUUUGCUGUACGCCAGCGAUAUUUAUAAGAAAGAAGGAUUUUCCGCCUUCUACAUCUCUUAUCCCACUACGUUACUCACCAACAUUCCGUUUGCGGCAUUGAACUUUGGUUUCUACGAGUACUCGUCGUCAUUAUUGAACCCCACAAACACCUACAAUCCUUACCUCCACUGUGUGUCGGGCGGAGUGGCUGGAGGCAUUGCUGCUGCCUUGACCAACCCGUUCGAUUGCAUCAAAACCGCACUUCAAACUAAGGGCAUUUCCACCAACACUGCGUUGCGAAACAUCACCGGCUUUUCCAGCGCCGUGAGCACCAUGUACAAGCAAAGCGGAAUCAAGGCGUUCACCAGGGGCCUCAAACCAAGAAUUAUCUUUAAUGUGCCUUCCACCGCAAUUUCAUGGACAGCAUAUGAAAUGGCCAAGGAGGUGUUGUUGCGGUGA